UGAAACCCUAGACGCCGCCCCUUUUCUUUCCAUUCCUCGCAGCUGAGAUUUCUGCUCUCUACACCCGGUUGUCCAUCUUCAACGAUGAAGCUCCCAAGAUGCUGAAUUUUUUUUACUCUCCGGUAAGAAUCGUCUGCAGUGACACUGUAUCCAGCUUGUGUGCUGAGUAAUGUUCGACCUUUUUAUACUGAUCCAUGUACGUUCCCAAAUCUGGCUGCGCAAGAAGAAAAAAAACCCACCAAACCCAUUUAUCUCACUUUGUCAGGUAGUCUCCCUUUUUUAUCUGUCGAAUAUCUGCAAGUGGUAAUUUGUCGUCUCUUUUGAUAUAGAUACAAUUCCUCUCACCUGUACAGAACUCCAAAACCCCAUUUCAGUUCUUUGAUUUCCUUUCCCUUUCACUGCUUCCCUCCUUUUAUAAUUGUAUAGAUAUAAAUCACAAGUAGCUGGGAUUUUGUUGUGCUUAUCUGUCGCUAUUUGUAUUAGAGGUUUUGAUAGGAUUUGGGAUGGGUUGGGAUUAGUUUAUGGGAAGAAAAGGUUUGUAGGGGAGAAAUUACGAUUUAGUGUGUUGAGAGAAGAUCGGUUUCAAAAGUGGCGAAAAUGAGUUUGGGGACGGCUGAGGAUGAUUCAGCGUCGGAGAUUCAUUUACCGGCAGACGUAGAUUGGCAUAUGCUUGAUAAAUCUAAGUUCUUUUUCCUUGGUGCGGCUUUGUUUUCGGGUGUGUCGGCUGCCCUUUACCCUGUAGUAGUCCUCAAGACAAGGCAGCAAGUUUCAUCUACCCAAGUUUCUAGCUUCAAGUUGUCUUUUAAUAUCAUGCAGUAUGAAGGAUUGAGGGGAUUCUACAGGGGUUUUGGUACCUCUUUGAUGGGGACAGUCCCUGCUCGAGCUCUUUACAUGGGAGCACUGGAGAUCACCAAGAGUGGUGUUGGCUCAGCCACUGUCCGUUUAGGGUUUGCAGAUACUACAGCAACUGCCAUAGCAAAUGCUGCAGCUGGGUUGAGUUCAGCCAUGGCUGCCCAGCUAGUUUGGACCCCAAUUGAUGUUGUGAGCCAGAGGCUCAUGGUACAAACUUGCAGCAGCAAUAGCAGCAAAAAUGUCAUUUCUAAUGUGAAUUCUUGUAGAUACAGCAACGGUCUUGAUGCCUUUAGGAAGAUUCUCUGUGCAGAUGGUCUUAGGGGAUUGUAUAGGGGAUUUGGGAUCUCAAUAUUGACCUAUGCACCAUCUAAUGCUGUUUGGUGGGCAUCUUACUCUGUAGUAAACAGGCUCAUUUGGGGUGGUUUUGGUUGUUACUUGGGUAAAAAGGAUGAGUCUGAUUCCAUUGUUGGGUGUGGUGGCUAUAGGCCAGAUUCAAAGGCAGUGGUGGCUGUGCAGGGUUUAAGUGCUUCCAUGGCUAGUGGUGUUUCUGCUAUAAUCACCAUGCCACUCGACACCAUCAAGACCCGAUUGCAAGUUUUGGAUGCAGAGGAGAAUGGGAGAACAAAGCCAUUGACUGUUCUUCAGACAAUGAGGAAUUUGGUUAGAGAAGGUGGUUUGUCAGCUUGUUACAGGGGAUUGGGACCAAGAUGGGCAUCCAUGUCUAUGUCUGCAACAACCAUGAUCACUACCUAUGAAUUCUUGAAAAGACUAUCAACCAAGAGCCAAUAGAACCCAGCAUCAUGACUUGAGCAAUCAAAGGAAGAAUAGAUAAGUUUCACCCACUUUCAAAUGCCUCAAGUUUUUGUUAACAUGCCAGGCAAGAAAGCUUACUAAUGUAAAAUUUUGAACUUAAAACAUGUAUAGUAGUACCAGCAGCUUUCUUUGUGCUCACUUCAUCUUUUGUCUCUGUUUCCUCUAUCCUAUGAUUAUCCAGAGAUGUUACUUCUCCAAAGGGUAGUGUUCAAUAUUUCAUCUUUUCUUUGAUCCCUCCUUGUUAUGACUUUGCACUCUUAAUUUUAAAUU